AUGGUGAGGAACAGGAUGAUGACAGAGGUGCAAGUCUUCCAGCAUUCGCUCCAGGGCAACUCCAUGGCUCUGGGCCAAGUAGUGCAGUGUUGUGGGGAACAGCAGCAGCUGAAUGGGAUCCCUUCAGAGACCAGGCCGCACAUCACUCAAGUCCCUGCAGAAGUUGAGAAAAGCCAGCCUUUGAAUAUCCCUGAUGCAGCCAAACGAAAGAAGAAGAAAAGAUCAAGAGUGGCCAACAGCUCGAAUGGCACCUUUGAUGACAUCUACAAGCUGACUGAUGAAGUGCUUGGUCAAGGGGCAUUUGCCAAAGUUCAAGGAUGUAUCAGCCUGCAGAAUGGACAGGAGUAUGCUGUGAAGAUCAUAGAAAAGAGUGCGGGACACAGCCGCAGCCGGGUUUUUCGAGAGGUGGAGACGCUCUACCAGUGUCAAGGAAACAAGAACAUUCUGGAAUUAAUCGAGUUCUUUGAAGAUGACGCCUGCUUCUAUUUGGUCUUUGAAAAGUUGCGUGGAGGCUCCAUUCUUACACACAUCCAGAACCGGAAGCACUUUGAUGAGCUGGAGGCCAGCAAGGUGGUCCGCGAUAUUGCUCAAGCUCUUGACUUUCUACACACAAAGGGUAUUGCUCACAGGGACCUCAAGCUGGAGAAUGUCCUCUGUGAAUUCACUGAUAAAGUGUCUCCAGUUAAGAUCUGUGACUUUGACCUGGGAAGUGGUAUGAAGCUGAGCAGUGCUUGCACACCUAUAACGACUCCAGAACUCACUACACCAUGUGGUUCAGCAGAGUACAUGGCCCCUGAAGUAGUGGAAGUUUUCACUGAUGAGGCGUCCUUCUACGACAAACGCUGCGACUUGUGGAGCCUAGGGGUCAUUCUCUACAUCCUGUUAAGUGGCAGCCCGCCCUUCACAGGCAACUGUGGCAGUGACUGUGGAUGGGACCGAGGGGAAAGAUGCCGCACAUGCCAGAGUCACCUAUUCGAGAGCAUCCAGCAGGGCAAAUAUGAGUUCCCGGACAAGGACUGGGCUCACAUCACAGACGCAGCCAAGGAUCUUAUCAGCAAACUGCUGGUACGAGAUGCCACUCUGCGCCUCAGUGCCGCUCAGGUCCUUAAGCACCUGUGGGUGCAGGGGAAUGCACCAGAGAGAGGUCUUCCAACGCCUCAUGCCCUACAGAGGAACAGCAGCACAAAAGACCUGAGCCAGUUUGCUGCUGAAGCCAUCGCUUUCCACAGGCAGCUGUCGCAGCAUGAUGAGCAGCAACAGGAAGAAGUGGAGGGGAAGGUAUGCCCCACAAUCGUUUGUUCCAUGAGACUCUCACCUCCAUCCAACUCCAGGCUGGCUCGCAGGAGGGCGCAGUCCAACGCCCUGCGCGGCCAAAACGGCACAACCGAGCUCACGGCCUGA